AAAAUAAGUAGGCGGCUCGGUGCUAAGAGAUGAGUGAGUCGGAGCUCGGCCUCUCCCCGGCACGUUCCCAGCUGCUCCUGGUUCAGACCCAGCGAGGGAGCCGCGAGCGAGGCUCACCAUCCCCGGCGGGCAGGACCCGGGGUUGCUGAGCGCUCGCUCCCGCGUGUCCUGCGCUUGGAGUUCCUGCGGCAGGAGAGGAGUCGGGGCUCUAGAGCUCCCGGCGCGCCUGUGGGCUCCAUCGCCUCCAGCUUCCCCGGUCCCCUCCAGCUAAAGCCCCAGAGACGUGCUCAGCCCCGGGACCUCUGCUGAACAAGAUCCGGAUUGAGAAGCCACUGCAACUACCAAAAUGGGCAGCAAAACCUUGCCGGCGCCAGUGCCCAUCCACCCUUCCCUGCAGCUCACCAACUACUCCUUCCUUCAGGCAGUGAACGGCCUCCCCACAGUACCCUCGGACCAUCUGCCCAACCUGUAUGGUUUCAGUGCGUUGCAUGCUGUGCACCUGCAUCAGUGGACGCUGGGCUACCCGGCCAUGCACUUGCCGCGCUCUUCUUUCUCCAAAGUGCCAGGCACCGUGUCUAGUUUGGUGGACGCGCGCUUCCAGCUGCCCGCCUUUCCCUGGUUCCCUCAUGUUAUUCAACCCAAGCCCGAGAUCACCGCUGGAAGCAGCGUUCCAGCGCUCAAGACCAAGCCGCGCUUUGAUUUCGCCAACCUGGCCUUGGCCGCAACGCAAGAAGAUCCGGCCAAGCUUGGCCGCGGGGAGGUCCCAGGCUCCCCUGCGGGUGGGCUAGGCGCCCUCCUCGAUGUGACCAAGCUGUCUCCAGAAAAGAAACCCACAAGGGGACGUCUGCCUUCCAAGACCAAGAAGGAGUUCGUCUGCAAGUUCUGUGGCCGCCACUUCACCAAGUCCUACAACCUACUUAUCCAUGAGCGGACGCACACUGACGAGCGGCCCUACACCUGUGACAUCUGCCACAAAGCCUUCCGGAGGCAAGACCACCUGCGAGACCACAGAUAUAUUCACUCCAAAGAGAAGCCCUUCAAGUGUCAAGAGUGUGGGAAAGGAUUCUGCCAGUCCAGGACUCUCGCUGUCCACAAGACGCUACACUCACAGGUGAAGGAGCUCAAAACCUCCAAGAUCAAAUGCUAAAUAGAGCCUCUGGGUCACAAGAACCCUGGGCCCGGCGGCCCUCUCCUCCAGAGGGACCAGAAGCCUAACUCUGGCGGGCAGGGGAGAGGCGCUUGUUCAGGACCUUCCACCUCUCCAACAUUGUCCCCUGGGUCCCUGGCGCACGCGGCACUUCAGAGCCCCGUCCGGGGCCUAGACCCAGAUCAACCCGGCUGCUCCCCUAGGACGCGGCUAAACUCUUGGCCAAAAGGCGGUACUCACGUGGCGGAAAGGAAACUGCAUUUAAAAAAAGAACGAAAGCUCCGUGGAGCCGCAGCAGCGCCUCUCCCAGAAGUAUUACUUUUUCUAUUGUUAUUUUAUACGUUUUCAUUUUUAUUUUUGUCUUUGACCAUAUAAGCUUUAAGUCUGACUGCGGAAAGUGAGGGGAGAAGGGAGAAGCAACGAAGUCCUUCGCACUGGCACCUCCCACCUCCUCCUCCCGCCCCUGCCCCCACCCCGGAGGCUGCAGAAGUGUAAUCCCGGUAUCUACUUCAGCCGUCUGCCCCAGGAACCGCGGGGCCAGGAGCGCCCCCUCCCAGCUCUUGCGGCUCAACAGCUCCGGGGACUCAGACAGCCGGGCAAGGACCUCCGGCCUGGGGGCUGCAGGGGGCCCGGCCUCUGCCGCCUAGACACCACGAGGGAACAGCCAGCCAGGAGCCGGGCGUUCUAUUGCGAUUGGCACUUUAUGCUGACCAUCGGUAACGGACAUUUAUCACUGGAGUUUUUUUUUUAAACUAUUAAAUAAACGGUUAUUUUACAGGCA